AAGUAGUUUACGUUCUUUGAUUCCAAAGCCAGUAUUGUAACUCGUCAUUUAGCCCUCCCCUGAGAUCACGGAAGUAUCCAGCUCUUGUCCUACACAACUUUUUAUCCUCGGUGAGUGGGACACUUUCUGCUGUCACCAGGAUGACUGGGAAGGCAAAUGGUUUUGUUUCACUGAGACCACUUGAUCAAAGUCAGCUUUCCUUUGUUUUCCUUUUAGAACAAAGACUUUGAGUUUUGAAAAAAAUAAUUUAAGGCAAACACUGUCUUUGUCUAUUUGCUUUGAGAAAUAAUUUGUCAGAGUAUCUGCUCUGUGCCAACAAGGUAAGUGUCCUGGAUUAUUCUUCUUUGCUGUUGUCUUUUUUUUUUUUUUUAAUGGGGAGAUGUUUCCAGAAACUGCUUUUUCAGCGGAUGAAUAUUCUCCUUGACAGAGCACAGCUGAGAUGGACCAACUUCAGGCUUCUACCUAGUGGCCUGGAAAUUCCAGUGUUUUUAUUGGCGGAGGCCAUUCAUUUCUGAUUAAAAGCUGUCUAGAAAUCCGACUCCUCAACCCAAAGGAACCCACAGAGUACCAUGGCCAGGCGAGUUGCAGUGAUUGGAGCUGGUGUGAGUGGCCUGUCCUCCAUCAAGUGCUGCUUAGAUGAGGACCUGGAGCCCACCUGCUUUGAGAGAAGUAAUGACAUCGGGGGACUAUGGAAGUUUACUGAAACUUCUAAAGAUGGGAUGACCAGGGUCUACAGAUCAUUAGUGACAAAUGUCUGCAAAGAAAUGUCAUGUUAUAGUGACUUCCCCUUCCAAGAAGAUUAUCCCAAUUUCAUGAACCAAGGAAAAUUUUGGGACUAUCUCAAAGAAUUUGCUGAGCACUUUGACCUUCUGAAAUACAUUCGGUUUAGGACCACGGUGUGCAGUAUAAUGAAGCGUCCAGACUUCUCUGAAACCGGUCAAUGGGAUGUUGUCACAGAGACAGAGGGGAAGCAGGAACGAGCUGUCUUUGAUGCUGUCAUGGUUUGCACCGGACAUUACCUGAAUCCCCGUUUACCUUUGGAGUCCUUUCCUGGACUCUGUAAGAUACCUCCAUCCCAAAAACUGAUGGCUGAGGCUACUAAAAAGGAACAACUCAUAGAAAGGGGUGUGAUGAAAGACACCAGUGAAGACAAACUUGAGUUCAUUCUGUACCUGGAUGACCUUGCUGCAUGCAUAGGCGCAAAGCCCAGUAUCCCUCUUCUGUUCCUCAAGGAUCCCAGGCUAGCUUGGGAAGUUUUCUUUGGACCCUGUACUCCUUACCAGUACCGCCUCAUGGGCCCUGGAAAAUGGGAUGGAGCCAGAAACGCCAUCCUGACCCAGUGGGACAGGACGCUGAAACCCUUAAAAACUCGAAUCAUUCCCGAUUCCACCAAGCCUGCCUCCAUGUCACAUUAUUUAAAAGUUUGGGGGGCACCUAUCCUCCUUGCCUCUCUUCUACUGAUCUGUAAAUCUUCGUUUUUUUUGAAAUCGGCGCCAGAUAAUCUACAGGAUAGAAUUUCCCCUUAUCUAGUAAGUAUUUGGUGAGGAUGAAUCUGAUUCAUUAUAAAAGCUGUCCCUAGCCACAUUAAUUCUAUCUCCAAAUAUUUUGUGCAUUCCUCCUCUCCUUUCCGUCUUAACUGCUAUCAUCCAAGUUCAGGUCCAGUCAUCUCUUAUCUGAAUUAUUAUACUGUCUUCCUCUUUGGUCUCAGUGCCUCCUUUCUUGUCUCCUUUUCCAUCCAUAUUCUACUCUGCUACCUAAGCAACUGUUCUAAAAUAAAAAUAUUGUCACUGUUUCCAUCAAGAUCUUGAUAGGAAUAAGAUGACACUCAAAUUAGGUAAUUUGUGGACAUUUUAAUAUGGAGGUGAUUACAAAAGGUUUGAGCAGAGUGUAGGGAAAUCCUAGGGAUAAUAAAAUACUCCCAGACUGGUAACAAUGAGGUAUUUUUACCACUCCUAGGCCUAAUGAGGCAAGAGGAGAAAACAAUUAUGAAUGAGAGAGAGAGAGACUUCUUUGUGAAGAGGGCCACCUCUCAAGAGUUAUGACCUUCAGAUGACAGAGGAAGGCAGUCUGUGGUAACCCCAAAGUACAGAGCUUGGGAAUAAAUUCUCUAACUUUAUUUUCUUCCCUCCCUCUCAUCCCCUGUCCAUGCUCCCCAAUGGCCUAACCCAACCAAAACUCAAAGGGCAAGGUUGCCGACUACUGUAGAUUGAAUCAUGUCCCUUCAAAAAGAUAUAUUCAAGUUCUAACCCCUGGUACCUAUACCUUAUUUGGAAAUAGGAUCUUUGCAAAUGUAAUCAAUUUAAGAUGAGCUCAUGCUGGAGCAAGAUAAGCUAGAUCCCAUAUGACAGGUGUCCUUAUAAAAGGAGAAGACAGACAGAGACAUGGUAGAACAUGGCAUGUGAAGACAGGCAGAGGUUAGAGUGAUGGACCUACAAGAAUCACCCAGCAAGCAAACACUGGCAGCCAGGGGAGAGGCAUGAACAGAUUCUCCCUCAGAAACUCCAGAGGAAACCAACCCUGCUGACACCUCGAUUCCAGACUUUUAGCCUCCAAAACUGUGAACGAAUAACCCACUUGGGACACUUCGUUUUGGCGAUCCUAGGAAACUAACACACGGACUGAUGUCAUCCAUGGAGGUCAGCCUUCGAAAGUACAGACUGAGCAGACAAUGGAGAGCAUAUGAAAAGGAUCCAGUGCAGACAUGUUGCUUUCCAGUUUAAAAUCCCUGAAAAUGUCUCUUUGAUCAGAGAUAAUGGUCCAAAUUCCUUAGCCUGGAAAAGGAGACCCUUUGUGAUCUGAGCCCAUUUGCCCGAUCUCCAGAAACCCCCAGCCUCACUUCAAACCUCCCAACCAAUACUACCAACCCCUGAACUGUGCCAUGCCUCCUCACUUUGGCGCAAGCUCUUGCCUCCGCUGGGAACUCCAACUGUCUUUCGAGAGACACUCAAGUAUCUCCCUCUGUGAAGCCUUCCCUGAAUCCUCAAAGCAGAGCUGGCCCCACUUUGUAAUGACUGCACCUCACGCACUGCUUUGUCAUUGCCCUUUCUCACUGUAGCAUAUAGUUGAUCCUCGAACAUCACGGGUUUGAAUGGAAUGGGUCUAUUUAUGCGUGGAUUUUUUUCUCAGUGACUACAGUAGAGUCCCGUAAAUGUAUUUUCUCUUCCUUAUGAUUUCCAUAAUAACAUUUUCUUUUCUCUAGCUGACUUGAUUAUAAGAAUACAGUCUAUCGUACAAAUAACACACAAAAUACGUGUUAAUUGACUAUGUUUAUCAGUAAGGCUUCCGGUGAGCAGUAGGUUAUUAGUAUAACUGUACUGUUAAGUUUGGGGUAAGUCAGAAGUUAUUCAGAUUUUUGGCUGUGCAGGGGUGCACUGUUUAAGGAUCAACUGGAAUAUUCUUUUUGAAUCUGUCUCCUAACAAAUGGUGAGUUACUGAGAGGAACCAUAUCUUGUUCAGCUAAAACACUGCCUGAUGCAAAGUACUGCUAAAUAAAUGAUUGCUGAUUUAACAGUG